AAUAGUGAGCUGCGCUGCUUGCUUGCCAGGCCAGUUGACAGUGCGGUGAUCUAAUGAAUCUAACGCCGAACUUGACGGGCAUUAGUUCUUGCACGUCUCGUUAGUAGAACAAGCUGUAUGCGUACGUCGUAUCAGCCAAAGCAGGAUUCGAUUUGGUCUUUGAGUUGGAGGAAUCUAAUAUUGUAACGUUACAAGGAGAGCGAUUCAUCAUGAAGGCUUCGUCACAGCCAAUGUGCUCAGCUAUUGUCUUUCUCUCGGUUAUGCUGAUGCAGUUUUUUGCAGAAGCCAAAAUAAAGGAAGGAGAGUGUGAUGUGUGUAUUUCUGUUGUAAAACACCUUGAAAGCAUCAUGACGAAUGAAGACAGAAAGAGUGAAGACAAGAUAGAGAAGAAGAUACGAAAGUACUGUAAGGAUGCCAAAGGAAAAGAAAACAGAUUUUGCUAUUACAUGGGAGGAACAGCAGAUGCUGCAACAGGCAUGUUGAAUGAUCUCAUCAAACCACUAUCAGUACCUCUCCCACCAGAAAGAAUUUGUGAGAAACUAAACAAGAAAGAUAGUCAGAUUUGUGAGCUCAAGUAUGAGAAACAAAUUGACUUUGAUUCUGUUGAUCUGAAGAAGCUCAGAGUGAAGGAACUCAAGAAAAUUCUAAGUGAUUGGGAAGAAGACUGCAAAUCAUGUAUAGAAAAGAGUGACUUUGUAAAGCGUAUUGAAGAACUCAAACCUAAGUAUGUCAAGCAGAAACCAAGAGAAGACUUAUAACUUGUGCUGUAAAUGAGUUUAGGUUAUUUAUUGGAAAAGAAAUUUGUAUUUUGUAUAGUUUUUCUAAUACAUCUUAUUCAUUCCUUACAUGAGCUGUUACACAAAGUUAAGUUUGACUUAAAAUCACUCUUAAAACCAAUAGUUUGCAAAGUCAUGCUGAAGAAGCAUCCAUUUCAGAAAACUAUGGUUGAUAUUUGAAU